UGCUGCCUGAUGUGUGUUUGAAUCGUAACGAAAGAAAGAAAGAAAAAAAAAAAACAAGCCGCUUCUUCUUCCUCGCAUUGCGCGUCAUUCAAACAGGACUCAGUAUAUUGCUUUUCUCUCUGUUGCAUUAGUAAUAACAGCGGCGUUGACGGGAGACCGCAGGAGAGAGUGUGUGUGUGUGUGUCUGUCUCCGACAGCGGUGCCCAGCGGAGGAAUAUUUGAGCUUUUUUUUAUUUACUCUGCAGCUUGUUGUUCAUUUUCUCUGCGUUAUGGUGAACUUGGACAGUCACGUGCGAAGACGGCUGCAAGUGUAGAGGACGACGGUUUCUCACCUGGCGUGUCCACUUUGACUUUAGGGAAAUAUACCUGCCGUUUCUCGUGCUGACACCAAGCUGCAACCUUCAGGGGUGAAAGAUGGAAGCCAGCACGGAUUGCCAGAAACUGCAGUUCCUGUAAUAGCCACUUGAGACUGUCUCCAAAAGCGAGUCAAUCUCCACAGACUCCAGCAUUAAAUCGCUGAACUCUACAGCCUGAGAGCUGACAUUGCUGGACUGCUACCCCACCUGUGACGGACAACAACAGCAAGUUCUCUCCCUGAGGGGAUGAAAUAUGUAUACAGUGCACCCGUAGAAAAAAGCAGACGACAAACACUGUAAAGUGCAAAGUGGUUUUAAAUCAUGAUGAUGCAGGAGUCGGCCACAGAGACAAUAAGCAACAGUUCAAUGAGUCAAAAUGGAAUGAGCACCCUAAGCAGCAGCCAAUUAGAGGCUGGCAGUAGAGAUGGGAGAUCAAGCGCUGGUGACACAAGCAGCGAAGUAAGCACAGUCGAGCUGCUGCAUCUGCAACAACAGCAGGCUCUACAAGCAGCGAGGCAAUUACUCUUGCAGCAGCCAGGCAGUGGCCUGAAAUCUCCAAAGAGUCAGGACAAGCAGCGUCCACUGCAGGUUCCAGUGUCAGUGGCCAUGAUGAGUCCCCAGGUGAUGACGCCGCAGCAGAUGCAGCAGAUCCUCCAGCAGCAGGUGCUUUCCCCCCAGCAGCUCCAGGCUCUGCUCCAGCAGCAGCAGGCUGUAAUGCUGCAGCAGCAACACCUGCAGGAGUUUUAUAAGAAACAACAGGAACAGCUUCAUCUGCAACUUCUGCAGCAGCAACACCCUGGCAAGCAGGCUAAAGAGCAACAGCAGCAGCAGCAGCAGCUGGCCGCCCAGCAGCUCGUCUUCCAGCAGCAGCUGCUGCAGAUGCAGCAGCUCCAACAGCAGCAGCACCUGCUCAACAUGCAGCGGCAGGGCCUGCUCACACUGCCUGGUCCCGCUCCAGGCCAAGCCGCCCUGCCCGGACAAACCCUACCCCCACCAGCUGGAUUGAGCCCCGCAGAGCUCCAGCAGUUGUGGAAGGACGUUACCGGAGGCGGUGGUCACGGAAUGGAGGACAACGGCAUCAAACACAGCAGCGGCACUGGCACCGGCGUGGGUGGCGGCGGCGGUUUAGACCUGUCCACUAACAACUCUUCUUCAACUACCUCCUCCUCCAAUCCCGCCAAAGCAUCGCCGCCCAUCUCUCACCAUUCCAUCGCCAACGGACAGUCUCCCGCCCUCAACCACAGGAGAGAGAGGGAAAGGGAAAGAGAACGGGAGCGAGAGAGUUCACUACACGAAGAAAGUGGAGGGACUCACCCCCUGUAUGGUCACGGUGUGUGCAAGUGGCCCGGCUGUGAGAACAUCUGUGAAGACUUUGGACAGUUUUUGAAGCACCUAAACAGCGAGCACGCCCUCGACGAUCGGAGCACGGCUCAGUGUAGAGUCCAGAUGCAGGUCGUACAGCAGCUAGAAAUACAGCUUUCUAAAGAACGUGAGCGUCUUCAGGCGAUGAUGACCCACUUGCACAUGCGGCCCUCAGAACCCAAGUCAUCUCCCAAACCACUCAACUUGGUGUCCAGCGUCACCAUGUCCAAGAACCUGCCCUCGGCGUCACCCCCCAACUUACCUCAGACACCGACCACGCCCACAGCACCUAUCACACCCAUGGCUGCAAUGCCCCACGUGCCAUCGGUGCUGGGAGGAGCAAACGUCCCCAGCAUGGGAGCCAUGCGCAGACGCCACUCGGACAAAUAUUCCAUGUCUUUGUCGUCAGGUGGUGACACAGUAUUUAUUUUUCCAGAGAUUGCCCCAAACUAUGAGUUUUAUAAGAACGCAGAUGUCAGACCGCCAUUUACUUAUGCAACCCUCAUAAGACAGGCUAUCAUGGACUCUGCUGACAUGCAGUUAACACUUAAUGAAAUCUACAGCUGGUUCACGCGCACGUUCGCUUACUUCAGACGCAAUGCUGCAACUUGGAAGAAUGCUGUCCGCCACAACCUCAGUCUGCACAAGUGCUUUGUGCGCGUGGAGAAUGUGAAGGGGGCAGUGUGGACAGUAGAUGAGGUGGAGUACCAGAAACGCAGGUCGCAGAAGAUCACGGGAAGCCCAUCACUUGUCAAGAAUCUGCCCUCCAGUCUUGGCUAUGGAACUGCACUAAAUGCCAGCUUACAGGCUGCCCUAGCAGAGACCUCCUUGCCUUUGCUGGGAACCCCGGGGCUCAUGGGCAGUGGUGCCACAGGCCCGAUGGGAGGCACCUGCCACGGCCUCCUCGGCGGAGACCCGUCCGGACUGACCGCAGGAAGUCCGCCUGGCCAGUUGGGAGGGAGCCCACCGGGGUUGCUGGGUGUUAGUCCCCCAGUUACGCUGAGCGGCAGCCCCCCCAUGCUGCUGCAGUCAGCCCACGAGGACCUCAACGGUUCAGUCGACCACCUGGACACCAACGGACACAGCAGCCCCAGAUACUCCCCUCCAGUACACAUGCCACCCAUUCACAUAAAGGAGGAGCCACUUAAUAUGGACGACGACGACUGUCCGAUGUCACUUGUGACGACAGCCAAUCACAGUCCAGAGCUGGAGGAGGACCGGGAGCUGGAGGAAGGGAACUUAUCGGAAGAUCUGGAGUGACUAGGAUACAGUUUUUGGUCAACAUAUCCCUUCACCGAACCGCACUGUUUCUCUCACACAGACCUCCCGCAAGACUAGAAACCACUCCACAGUCCAAGCAACCACAGCUGACUCUCUUUGUCUCUCUCACCACUGGGACUAUUUAUUGAGCAUGUAUCCGGAUAGAGACUGGGCCAAAGGAACUCUUUGUUGCAGCCCUUUGGGAUCCCCCAAACACAAGCAGGCAUAAGAUGUCUGAUUGGGAAAAAAAUUGAACUCUUUGAGACCUGUUUCAUUAGGGGAUGGCGUGGCCACAUACCGUGUAAGGAUGAUAGACUCAUGGAUGGGGAACACCAUGUUCCGUUGAAAGCUAGCGGCCUCAUAUACUGCCAAAAAGGAAGACAUUUUAUGUUUGUGAAUAAUCCAACCCACAGUAGUUGUUAAUGUCUAGAGACAAUUGCUGGUUCAAUUCAAGUUGUUGCUCUGUUAUCAUUUGCACAGGAGUAGUCUCAGAAAUUUGUGUCACUGCCUGUAUGUUGCUACUAUUAUGAAACCCAGUAUAUUAUUUUCAGCUUUCUUUUAAAACCAUUGUUAAUUUCCCAAAUACGAUUUCUUUUUAGAUACCACCAACUGUAAAUGCCAUUCCCCAAAUCACACCAGAAACGGAACUGCGGUACCAAGACUGUUGUUGCAGCUGUCCAUAAAAAAAACACCAAAAACACAAAAAAAAAAAAAAA